AUGCUGUUCUCGCGCGUGGCUCGGCCGCUGCUGCUGUCGCUCGCCCUGACGACCUUGGCGAUGGCAGAAACCAAGGACAGUAAUAAGGAUGAUAAGGAUGCAAAGACCACCGACAAGGAGUCCAAGCCCACCACCACGUCGGUGCCCUCGAGCUCUUCGGCGACUGCCUCGUCGACGUCUGGCGCCGCCACCCACACCGUUCAAGUCGGCCCCAAGUCCAACCCGCACCAGUACGUGCCGCAUAAACUGACGGCCGACGUGGGCGAUGUGAUUGUGUUCGAGUUCUACCCGACCAAUCACUCGGUCGUCAAGGCCGAUUACGAGUCGCCGUGUGUGCCGGCGAGUGAAGGUGUUUUCUAUUCGGGCGAGUUUAACAAGUUCAAUGAGAAUAAUGGUCAACUUGUGGGGCCGCCCCCGACUUGGUCUCUGGUUGUCAAUGACACCAAGCCGACCUUCUUCUAUUGUACCGCGAUUGACUCGUGCCUCGUGAACGGCAUGGUGGGCGUCAUCAACCCGAACUCCUCCCAAACAUUCGAAACCCAGAAGGAAAAGGCCCUCAAGUACCCGUACAUGCUGGUGCCCGGCCAGUCCAUGCCCGCUGAAGGAAGCGGCUCCACAGACUCCGGAUCUGAUUCCAGCCCCAGUCCCAGCGCAUCAGGGAACGCAGGCGACAGCAAAUCCUCCGGCGGCGGCGGCGGACUCAGCGGCGGCGCGAUUGCAGGUAUCGCCAUCGCAUGUGUUGCAUUCGUGGCAAUCUUGAUCGCGCUAUUCUUCGUGCUCGGCCGCAAUCGCGUAUACCGGCAAUGGAUGUCCUCGCAGGACGGCCGCACGGAACGCACCGCCCGCUGGGCCCUCUUUGGCAGCCCCGGCGACCCGCACCAGCGCAAGAGCGAACUCGACAGCAACGCCGCCAAGCACGAGGUCACGUCGAUGGUCAGUCCGGAUCCCACGCAGCGCACCUUCUCGCCGCCGCCCCAGGGCCCGCCCUCCGAUUACACGGGGACCUCGCCGCAGCCGAAUGCCGGGCACUGGAGCUGGGAGGGCUCGCAACAAGCGCGCGGGCCUCGUGGGCCGACUGAGCUGGAGGCGCACAGCGUCGUGGCUGAGGCGCCCCCUUCGUCCCGCGGCCACCAGUAG